AUGAAUAAAGAUGGAGAAUCUUUUUCUUCUGACUUCCAUCCUGCUCUAGGUGUUAAUAUUAUCAAGAAUGUCAUUCCUCUUAUUCUUGACCGAGAAAACGUACCAUAUUCAAAUUGGGUCAAACUGUUUGAAUAUCAUACACACGCCUAUAAUGUGCUUGAUCAUAUUUACCCUAAAACGCCUAAGCCGACGGACUUAUCAGAUGAUAUGUGGAAGUACGUCUUGAUUCCAUUCUCAAGAACUGGAUUUAUGGUACAAUUUAUAAGGAUUUGCUUGAAACAAUUCUGUGCAAAGGAGCUACAGCUCAACAGGAUCAACGUGCGAAUAUUGAUCAACCCGUAUCAGAACAAAAGUUGGUUAGUUAUUCGUUUGGUUUCAAGGCUCGCAAACAUCGACUUCGAUACCGUGGCUGCUAUGAUUCAACAAAUAGAGCCCUUACCUUCGUUUGAAACAGGCCGAUCCCGGCUCUUACUUGAGGAAUCUCGUCGUGCCAAAUACACUAGUGUUGUACCUUCAUCGUUUGUGGCACAAACCGGCAACCCUGCUCAACUUGCUACCGCACCUUCCACUCAACAUCAGCAGACCCAGCCAGUAGGUCAUGGUGGUGACCUUGCUAGUCGUGGUCGCGGGCGUGGAAAAGACCGUGGUAGAGGACAUCAACAACAGCAACCCCAACAGCAAGGAGCACCACAAUGGGUUAACUCGCAGCAUCAAUGGGCAGCACCGCCACAGCAACCUCAAGCCAUAUAA